GCCUUGACGAUGAUUUAUCUGGCCUGCUUCCGACAAGCCGUUUUCCUCUUCCACCCCAGACUCCAGCGGGCACACCUAUAAAGACUGUCGAAAAGUCGCCAACCCCAGCCUACAACUACGCAUUGUGCAAGGCUCACUCUCACGCCCCGCGGGCUCCGUAAUCGGGCAGAACCCCUCCUUCGCCAUCAUCGAACCGCUACAAAGUCCAACUCCAGACCGUCAACCGUACUCGGCCCGUAUCUCACCAUGGCGCCCUCACUAGAAGAGCCCGAAAACUUCCAGGACGUCCUCUCGAACCCUCUCAAAGCGAAGCCCCAGCUCGUCGCCCCCGAACCAGAACACUGCCCAGGUCCCGAGUCCAACGAUGCCGGCAAGGCCGACUCAUGCGCCGGCUGCCCAAACCAGGCCAUCUGCGCCUCCGCCCCGAAGGGCCCUGAUCCGGAUGUUCCCUUGAUCGCCCAGCGCCUAGCGGGUGUCAAGCACAAGAUCCUCGUGCUCUCCGGCAAAGGUGGCGUCGGUAAGAGCACGUUCACCACCCUGCUGGCCCACGCGUUUGCCACCAACGACGAGUCGACCGUCGGCAUCAUGGACACAGACAUCUGCGGUCCUUCAAUCCCCAAGAUGAUGGGCGUCGAAGACGAGACGAUACACAUCUCGGGCGCGGGCUGGUCCCCGGUCUGGGUCGCCGACAACCUCGGUGUCAUGAGCAUUCAGUUCAUGCUGCCGAAUCGCGACGACGCGGUCAUCUGGCGCGGGCCCAAGAAGAACGGGCUCAUCAAGCAGUUCCUCAAGGAUGUGGAGUGGGGUGACUUGGACUUCCUGCUCGUCGACACGCCGCCCGGCACGAGCGACGAGCACCUGUCCGUCAACAGCUUUCUCAAGGAGGCCGGCAUCGACGGCGCCGUCAUGGUGACCACACCACAGGAGGUCAGCCUGCUCGACGUACGCAAGGAGAUUGACUUCUGCCGCAAGGCAGGCAUCCGCGUGCUCGGCCUGGUCGAAAACAUGAGCGGCUUUGUGUGCCCCAGCUGCACACACGAGAGCCAGAUUUUCAAGGCGACAACGGGCGGCGGCUCAGCGUUGGCCAAGGAGAUGGGCAUUCCCUUUCUCGGUGAAGUGCCGCUGGAUCCGCGCAUCGGCAUGGCGUGUGACUAUGGCGAAAGCUUCUUCUCUCAUUACCCGGAGAGCCCGGCUUGCAAGGCUCUGAAGAAGGUCGUCACGGGCCUGGCUGAGCAGAUGGGUCUGGACAGUUCGCGCGUCCUCCCUGAAGAAUGA